CCACUUGCUAACUGCUAAGACGUGCUACCGUCCUACUGGCCACCUAUCGGCAUAUUCCACCUCCCCUUCUUCUAAUCUAUCUCUUUCACACAAUCGUCGGCAUCCUCACCUAUAUUCUGUGAAUCCCUGAAAAUCCUGCCCUCAAGAAUGUAGGCAAAAAAAUCCCCAAAUUAAUAAAAAUUCUAAAUCUAAACAAAAAAACCCAGAUUUUUUUCUUCCUUUUCAGUCGAUUCGAAGAUAUUUCAACUUGGUAAUUGAUUCAUUUGAGUGGGGGAAGAAGAAAUCAUGGUAACCCUAAAUCAAAAUCAAAGGUAUUUCUUCUCAUCUUCUUUCCUAAUCUUCAAUUUCCUAACCCUAAUUGCAAAACCAAUUUCAUCAUUCUCACUCCAAGGCUUCAAUGGCGAUCAAAAUCCCAACUUUAAUUCCGAUUUUACCCUUUUAGGGGAUGCCCAGAUCGCCAAUGAAGGUAAUUUCGUCAAUCUUACUUCCCCUUCAUCUGGGCCCACCAGUUCUGGGCAAAUCGUUUACAAGAAACCCUUUAAAUUUGUUGAUUCGAAAUCUUCAAAACCUAUUAUUUCAUUUUCUAGUGAUUUUACAUUCACAAUUACCCCUGGUAAUGGAGAUGGCAUUGCAUUUGUGAUUUUCCCUGGGGGUGGGGAAGAUGAACUUUCCCAGGUUUUUGAUCGAGGGUAUUUUGGGGUUUCUGAUAAUAUUGACCGCAAAUUUGUUGCUGUUGAGUAUGAUACUCGGAAAGAUGAUAAUGUAGGUGAUUUGAAUGGUAAUCAUGUUGGUGUAGAUGUGGGUAGUUUUGUAUCUUCUGAUAAUACUGAUGUUUCUUCAAUUGGUUUACUGUUGAAUGGUGGAGUACCUUUGAAAUCUUGGAUUGAUUAUGAAGCUAGUUCAAAGAGAUUGGAGAUCAGAUUGGGUGAAUCGGAAAGCGAAAGACCAAUUCAGCCAUUGAUUUCUUUUCCUAUCGAUUUGUCGAAAAUGUGGGGAGAUAAGGAGAUUUUGGUAGGGAUUAGCUCAUCCAGUGUGGAUUCAAGGCAAGUGAGUAGUUUGUCUUCAUGGAGUUUUAGAGUGAGGAGUAUUCCUAGGUCAUUACAUUCGGAACCAUUGAAUCCUGAAGAGGCUCAUCUAGGUGAACAACAGCCAAUUCAAAGGAAAAAGAGUAGUUUUCUGACUGUUCUUGGUGCGUUGAUUUUUGCGACGGGUUGUGGCACAUUAGUGGCGUUUGUUGCAUUGUUUGUCUGGGUGGUGUUAUUCGGUAGGCAUUCAAAUGUGGUGCCUGAAUUACCUAUGACUCCUAUGGAUUUCAAAUAUGAGAAGGUAAACGUGACGGUGGACAAUGCUUUUGAUGAUUCCACGAAUUAAAUGCAUUUUCCCCUUGUAAUCCUAAUCCCAAUCCCAAUCCCAAUCCCUUGUAUGUUUGGUGUGUGAUCGGGUAUGAUCCUUGUAAAUUUUGCACCGUAGUAGUUUUUGUUGUGAUAGUAAGGCGAAGAACACUGAUAAUGUAGUACUCCGUAGCAUGUUAUAGUGAAUGAAGUCCAUUCUUUCAUAAAACUCCUGAUUUUGAUACGAUAUUGGCAUUUACAUUCUUUGCA